CUUCACUACUCACUGCUUACUUCCUCCAUUCUCUGACUUUCUUCUCUUUAUAUUCUCCUUCACUGCUUCUCUUUCCAUAGUUCCAUUAAAGACUUGAGCCUGUUUCCUUCUUCUCUUGUCCUUUUUUUUUUCUUUCUCUCAAAGCCAUGAACCCACUGGAGGAUUUCGUGGAACAGGGAAUUUCUCAUGAGAACUUGAGGAGGACAUCAUGUAUGUCAGUGGUAACAUUAGCUUAUCAAAGUCUUGGAGUGGUUUAUGGUGACCUGAGUACCUCUCCUCUCUAUGUUUACAAGACCACCUUCUCUGGGAGGUUGAGCCUUCAUGAGAAUGAUGAGGAAAUAUAUGGGGUGCUUUCUUUUAUCUUUUGGACAUUUACUCUCAUUGCUCUCUUCAAAUACAUCUUUAUUGUGAUGUCAGCAGAUGACAAUGGUGAAGGUGGCACUUUUGCCCUGUAUUCCCUGCUGUGUAGGCAUGCAAGACUAAGUAUUCUACCUAACCAACAAACCACAGAUGAAAAACUGUCUGCAUAUGCAACGGAUGAAUCCAGAGACGCAUUGCAGAGCUCUGCUCUAAAGUCCUUUGAGAAAUGCCCAAGAUUUCGAAAGUGGCUUUUGAUUUUUGUUCUUUUAGGGACGUGUAUGGCAAUCAGUGAUGGAGUACUUACUCCUACAAUCUCAGGUAGCCAUUUGUGGUAACUUUUUCUUAUGUACGUGCCUUAUUUCCUACAUUUGAUAAUUUUAUGCGCUUGUUUUCGGUUUAUCUUAUCCUUUGAUGUCCAACUGAAGCUUGGUGACAAUUCAUGAUAGUUUGGUUUCUAAGCUACAGUCUCAUCAUGAGUGUUCCAAUAGAAUAUGUUUGUGUCCCCUCUUUCAGUUCUUUCAGCAGUUUCAGGUGUCAAACUCAAGUUCACAGAACUUCAUGAGAAUUAUGUUGUUAUGAUCUCAUGUGUCAUUAUCGUGGGGCUAUUCUCCCUUCAGCAUCAUGGCACGCACAGAGUUGCUUUUGUGUUUGCUCCAAUUGUUGCAGUGUGGUUUCUUUGCAUUAGCAGCAUUGGAAUAUAUAAUAUAUUCCGAUGGAAUCCACACAUAUUCCAUGCACUAUCUCCCGUUUACAUGCUGAAGUUCCUUAAAAGCACAGGAACUGAAGGAUGGAUCUCGUUAGGAGGAGUUGUUCUUUCCAUUACAGGUGUGGAGACAAUGUUUGCUGAUUUGGGCCAUUUCUCUUCAAUCUCAAUAAAGGUAGCCUUCACAUUUCUGGUAUAUCCCUGUUUGAUUCUUGCAUAUAUGGGUGAGGCUGCUUUCCUCUCUAAGCAUCAUGAAGACAUUCAGAGGAGCUUCUACAAAGCGAUACCAGAGCCUGUCUUUUGGCCAGUGUUCAUUGUGGCCACUUUUGCCGCUGUAGUAGGAAGUCAGGCUGUGAUAUCAGCUACUUUCUCCAUUAUAAGCCAAUGCUGUGCACUUAAUUGCUUUCCCCGUGUCAAAAUUGUUCAUACUUCAAGUAAGAUAUAUGGACAGAUAUAUAUUCCGGAGGUCAACUGGAUACUAAUGUGCCUUUGUGUAGCUGUGACAAUAGGACUGCGGGACACUAACAUGAUGGGUCAUGCAUAUGGGCUUGCCGUCACUACAGUUAUGUUUGUGACAACAUGCUUGAUGGCACUGGUGAUGAUAAUUGUGUGGAAGCAAAGGAUAAUCAGUGUGGUUGCAUUCCUAGUGUUUUUUGGAUCCAUAGAACUGCUUUACAUUUCAGCAUCUGUUUGUAAAGUUCAUGAAGGAGGUUGGAUCCCACUGGUGCUGUCUCUGAUCUUUAUGGGUAUAAUGUAUGUAUGGAACUAUGGAACAAUAAAGAAACACGAAUUUGACGUGGAGAACAAGGUUUCAAUGAAGAGGAUAGUGUCUUUGGGGCCUGGCCUUGGCAUGGUACGUGUGCCUGGAAUAGGACUUGUUUACAGUAAUCUGGUGACUGGAGUUCCUGCUGUUUUUGGACACUUUGUUACAAACUUGCCCGCAUUCCAUCAAGUUCUGGUUUUUGUUUGUGUCAAAUCCGUUCAAGUUCCCCAUGUAAGAGAAGAAGAAAGGCUGCUCAUUAAUAGGGUAGGUCCAAAGGAGUAUGGCAUGUUCCGGUGCAUUGUGAGGUAUGGUUACAAGGAUCUGCAGCAGGAAAACUAUGACUUUGAGAACAGACUGGUGUCUGGGAUAAUACAAUUUGUGGAAUCAGAAGGAAAUUACGCUUCAGAACUGCUUUCUGAAUCUUCUGAAGAGCUUGGAAAGUUUAAAAAUGAAGCCUUUGAUGCUCAAGAGCACGCUUCAACAAAGUCAAAUCAUCAGAAGGAGAUGGAAGAGUCUGCUUAUCAUAUCUUAGUAAGAAAACCUGCUAUGGAACAUCUGGGAAACUCUCAGCUUAAAGAUGAGUCUCUGCAGAUACUGAAAGCCAAAGAAUCUGGUGUUGCUUUCAUUCUGGGCCAUUCUUACGCAAAGGCAAAGAAAUCAUCUUCUUUUCUCAAGAAAUUUGCAAUAAAUGUCGUCUUUGCUUUCUUGAGCAAGAAUUGUAGAGAACCAGAUGUUCUUAAUGUACCUCAUACUUCAUUGCUAGAGGUUGGUAUGAUUUACUAUGUCUAACAUGAAUAAAAGAAACUGCAUAUUACCAAAAAAGAAUGCAGGACAGAGAUUUUUGUAUAGCUUUAUCAUUAAACUUUAUAGCAUAAC